AUGGCUUCUUUACGCACUCCAAUGCGGUCUUUUGCCCAAGUGCCUCGACGGUUCUACUCCGGCGCGCCUACCCCUUCCGCAAAGCUCAAUCUACCUAUUGACUACAAAACUACUCCAAUUUUACAUCACACUUCAUCCUCCUUGGCAAAUACCUCAGAUUUCCCCGCAGGUGCUACAAGUAAACGACUCAACUUUUUCCAAGCUAUCAACUCUGCACUCCGAACCGCCUUGGCGAAAUCCGACAAGGUACUUCUUUUCGGCGAAGAUGUUGCCUUCGGUGGUGUGUUUCGGUGCUCGAUGGAUCUUCAGACAGAGUUUGGUUCAGAUCGGGUGUUCAAUACGCCAUUAACAGAGCAAGGCAUUGCGGGCUUUGCAAUAGGAUGUGCGGUAGAAGGAAUGAAGCCGGUUGCAGAGAUCCAAUUUGCAGACUACGUCUUCCCUGCCUUCGAUCAAAUUGUCAAUGAGGCUGCGAAAUUCCGGUAUCGCGAGGGUGGGACAGGGAUCAAUGCAGGUGGGCUCGUGAUUCGUAUGCCUUGUGGUGCGGUUGGACAUGGUGCUCUAUACCACUCCCAAUCCCCCGAGUCACUUUUUGCACAUGUCCCCGGUGUCCGGGUAGUGAUGCCACGGUCUCCUGCCCAAGCCAAGGGUCUUCUUUUAUCGUCUAUCUUCGAGCACAAUGACCCUGUGAUCUUCAUGGAGCCUAAGAUCCUUUACCGUGCCGCAGUCGAACAUGUCCCCAACGAAUACUACACUAUUCCUCUCAGCAAGGCAGAAGUCAUCAAGCCCGGAAAGGACUUGACCGUCAUCUCAUAUGGACAGCCUCUCUACAUGUGCUCUUCAGCAAUUUCUGCCAUUGAAAAGGCAAUGCCUGGUGUCAACGUGGAGCUUGUCGAUUUGCGAACAAUCUAUCCAUGGGAUAGACAGACUGUCAUUGAUAGUGUGAAGAAAACCGGACGAGCGGUCGUGGUGCACGAGAGUAUGAUCAACUACGGUGUGGGCGCAGAAGUGGCAUCGACAAUACAGGAGAAUGCAUUCCUGCGACUAGAAGCACCUGUAAAACGAGUUGCCGGAUGGAGUACACACACUGGUCUGAGUUACGAGCAGUUUAUCUUGCCUGAUGUUGCAAGGAUUUUUGAUGGCAUCAAGCAAACAUUAGAGUACUGA